GAGCAAUGCGCGUGUACACACGUGACAUCUGCUCCGUCUUCCCUCGUGUGUGCUGCGCGCAUGUAAUAUGGAUUCAUUCAUAAAUACUAUGAAUACGUGCUAAUUUUACACAUUUUCUAUAUAUAUCGUUUGUUUCCGCGGCAGUAAUCCGAUAUAAAUGAAAUACUUUUGAGCAUGAAACGCUGCAUAAUAACCGGGAGAAGGGGCAUUUCACCCAAUUUAUAUUCGCACACAUUUCAAUACAUUUAUAUUUUAAUAUUAUUUUUGUCAUAUAAAAGAGUUUGUUGCGUAAACAUUUUACAAACAGCUUCAAAUUAACGUAUACAAUGAAACUUGUCUUUUUGUACGUUUCUUGUUUUUGUAGUAUUUGAUAAAUCAAUUUCUUUUUGUUUUUUUUUUGUUUUUGACCGGAAAAAUCUGUCCGUCGAUCUGUCGUCAUCAUGAUGAGUAACACUAUGGAUUUUUCAAUUUAAUAUUGGCCUUCGUGAAAAGUUAAGUGACAACGUGGAGAGAAGAUCGUGGUCACUUAUAACAUAUUUCAUUUUUCGUCGAAGUCACGGCUCUAUUUUUGCGUCCACCGCGUCUUUCUAGCUGGUUUAGCGGAGAGGAAGUCUUUAUACCGGGACGGAAGGACGGGUUUUCUUCAAGUGUCCGCCGUCCACCGUCCGCCGUAGGCCCGUUCGCGGCUUGCCUAAUACGGUUUAAAAAAAUUCCCGGUUGCAAAUAUCAUUUAUAUUAAUCAUCAUGGUAAGACCAACGAUACGAGCGCGAAAAAAGUGUUUGUCAAAGAAAAGAGGCUGUAAAUUUGUAAAGAGAUAUUUGUAAUUAUAGUUGCAAGUGCCGUAUCUGAGAAACAAAAUUAUAAGUUAAUUAAAUAGUUAUUUGUAAGAAAGAGAACAUUUUUUUUUUUCAAGUAAUAAAGAAAUUUCAAAGUUCGAAUGUUGUCGGAAAUAUCGACGAAGAAGAACAUGAUCAAAAAGUGGCUGUGAUGCGCAAGGCAUUUCAAAUGUUCGACACGACAAAAAGCGGUUUUAUCGAAACCCUGAAAAUCUCAACGAUAUUAAACACAAUGGGGCAACUGUUCGACGAUGGCGAGUUGAACGCCUUGAUCGAGGAGAACGAUCCCGAAGGCACUGGUAAAGUGAAUUUCGACCAGUUUUGUAAAAUCGUCGGUCGGUUCCUCGAGGAGGAAGAUGCCGAGGCGAUGCAGGAAGAACUGAAAGAAGCGUUUCGAUUGUACGAUCGUGAAGGUAACGGAUACAUUACCACGGCUACGUUAAAGGAGAUAUUAGCCGCGCUCGACGACAAACUCACCAGCUCUGAUCUCGACGGAAUAAUCGCGGAGAUUGACACAGACGGUUCCGGCACUGUCGACUUUGACGAAUUUAUGGAAAUGAUGACCGGAGAAUAAUAUCAUAUGUACUGAGACGCGGCGACAGAUGCACAUUACUUGAUAUAUCAUUAAAAAGGCGAAUUGUGAACUUUCUUAAUAAAAAAAUAUUUGCGCGGGA